AUGGGCAGCGUUGCGAUGGAUUCUCGCGCUGUGCAUGAUCUGACCCCAAGUGCAGUCCUCACUGCACUCGCCAUUGGCCUUGUGACAGCUCGCUUUUGCGCUCGAGCUCGAAUCCUCGGCAAAUUGGAGUCAAGCGACUGGGUUGUUGCUGCUGCUUUGUUUUUUUCGGUCGGCUUCAUGGCGAUGCUUAUCGCUGAGACAAAAUUUGGCAUGGGCUGGCAUGAGAGUGAUCUUCUACCAGAAACUUUGACCAAGCAAUUGAUAAUCUUCUGGCUCUCGAUACCCGUUUACAAUGUCGCCAUGAUCCUUGCAAAGGUGUCCAUCUUUCUACAAUACUCGCGGGUGUUUCAAACCAAGAAGAUGCGCAUUUUAUGCAGUAUCAUAAUUGCUAUCCUCGCCAUGUACGGUCUCUGGGCUGUCUUGGUUGCCUUGUUACGCUGCAUCCCUGAAGCCAAAUCCUGGAAUCCCAACCUCGCAGGACACUGUUUGAAAAACGAGAUACUGUGGUUCAUCAAUGCAGGUGUUUAUAUCGUUGUCGACCUUGCUAUUAUUGUCAUUCCAAUACCGGCAUCGUUUGCUUUGUAUUUGUCUCUGAGACAGAAAAUCGCCUUGUCCGUUAUGUUUGGGUUAGGAGGGCUUGUUUUUAUUAUCAGUAUAAUCCGCCUGCAGAGUGUGAUGGUUCUCUCUACUUCAUCUGGCUUUACUCACGACAGUCCCAGCUUCUCAAUGUGGUCCUCAAUCGAAUGCAACACAGGAAUAAUCUGCGCAUGCCUCCCAACCCUCCGCCCUUUACUCUCUCGCGUCUGGCCCUCGAUAAUGCCUGACCUGGACACCAGUCGAUCGCAAACGAGACCCUCAUCGCGAACCUAUGCGUACCGAAGUCGACAAACCGCCCCCGCAGAUGGAAUCGAGCUCGCCAGACUUCGGCAAGAUGGUAGGACGAAUAGUGGUAAUUAUCAUAAUGUGGAUGAAUGGAACAGGAGACUUCCCAUACCUGGCAAUGCUUUUGCGGAAGAUUUGUAUCGAAAGGGGUCGUUUUUUCAGUCUCCGCGAAACAGUUUGCCGUGA